CUUCUUUUUUGUGUGUGGUAUAUGAUAUAUACAAAUGCUUCUAGUGUUUUUUUAUGAAUAAUAUUAAGAGAAAUCUUUUCUACAGUGUCAGUGUGUGAUGGACAAGGACCUAUGGAACUGCCUUUCAAUGGUUGUCUGACUGUUCACAGUCCAAACUACCCACUAUCAUACCCACACAACACGCAAUGUACUCUAGAUAUUGUCGCUCCACCAGAGUGCCAGAUAGCAGUCAAGUUCUGCGAAGUAUCGUUGGAAGUGUGUCCUUAUGAUACUCUCUGGGUCACAGGUACUAACUCCAGCGGCCCUCUCUGUGGCUCCGGGCUCCGCCAGACUGCCCUAUCUGCCAGCAACGCAGUGACCGUCGCCUUCACUUCAGACGACACGCAAAGCCAGCGAGGUUUCCGGUUGGCUCUCACGGCGCUCUGCGAUGCAACAACAACUACCACAACCACGACCUCAACAAGUACAAGUACCACGACCACAGAAGAACCCACCUGUGAUUCUUUCCAGAUCUAUACAAUGUGCUCAGUGACAAGCAUCGCGGCCUCGUCUGGCGUGGUCGUCUCCCCGGGCUACCCGAACUACUACCCGAACGACCGCCACUGCGCCCUCAACAUCACGGUUCCUGAGGGCCUCGUGGUCGCCCUCGAGUACUUGGCCUUCGACCUCGAGCCCCACAAAGACUGCAAGUGGGACCUCCUCAGGGUCCACGACGCCAGCGCCAUUCCCGAUCUGCAGCCUGCCUACUGUGGCUCGACCAUCCCCGCGUUCAACCUCUCAUCGACGAACGCGGUGCGGAUGGAAUUCAAAACCGACUCGACCGUUAUUUUCACCGGAUUCGCAAUCUGCUUCAGAGCGGUUGAGAAGUAGUUGCUUGAGACGGUAAGCAAGGGCCGGAAAACGAAUGU